AUGGCGCCACCUCCAGGUCCCUACUCCGGUGCCAGCGCUCUCGCUGUGGUGGCCCGUGCAUCAGCAUUCAGUUUUGGCCUGGUUUAUGGAAGUGUGAAGUUCAAGAUUCUCAAGAGUGGGGUCGAUGACCCCGGCCAUGGGAAUGGGAUUGUCACGCUCCUUUACCGAGGCCGUUUUAUGGACAAUGAUAAGGCCCUUAGUGAGAGGAUUCCAUCCUUUGAUGCGCACACGUGGAGGGCCCAGAUUGACCACUGGAAAAGGAAUUCCUAUACGGAUCAGUCCUCCUCCUUGCCCUAG